AUGGCUGCAAACAUUCGCACCUCGUCGAUCAAGACGUUAAGAUCCGUGCGUAUCCACGAUGAAGACCCCUCUUCGCUGUGGGAUAUCUCCUUUGCACGAAAUAAUAGCGAAACGACGAUAAGCCCCUCAAAGUCCGCCACAAUAGAUAAAAAAGAAGAAGAAGACAGUAGUGCUCCACUAGUACUUCCGGCGCUGGUCCAUCCACACAUUCACCUCGACAAAGCAUUUAUACACGGGUCUAAAGAAUAUUCCGAUCUUCUACCUGUGAACGGUUCAUUUGAGGAAGCACUGCAUUUUACUACGUUGGCCAAGAAGCGGUUUCACCACGACGAUUUAAUAAAGCGUGGCAACCAGUUGGUAACUGAAUCUGUUGCUGCCGGGGUAACCGCGAUUAGAGGGUUUGUAGAAGUGGACUCGACUGUUAAAAUGACAUGCUUGGAGGUGGGGAAACGGCUCAAGAAGGAAUGGAAAGACAUUUGCCAGAUACAGCUUGUGUCGUUUGCACAAGAUCCAAUAUUUUCGGGGCAGCAUGCAGAGGAAAAUUGGAGGCGUAUGGAAGACGCCGUCAGAGACCCGGAAGUCGACGUUAUCGGCACAACGCCAUAUGUCGAGUCAACUGUCGAAGCGUCACGGAAAAAUAUAGAAUGGGCUAUAUCUCGUGCAUGGGAAUUGCAAAAGCAUGUUGACUUUCAUAUCGACUAUAACCUCAAUGAGAACAGCGAGGCCAUGGUUUGGCACGUCCUUGAGACACUGAGGAAGACCGGGUGGACAGCAUCAGCAACAAAGGCCCGAGUCAUGCUGGGACAUUGCACUCGACUAACGCUAUUUUCGGACGACGAAUGGGGUAGACUGGCUUCGACAAUCCACGACCACGAUCUGCCUGUCAGCUUUGUCGCUUUGCCAACAAGCGAUUUGUACAUGGCCCCAUUGCCAGUUGGCGAAAAUUUUAAAAGGCCUCACGUUCGCCCAAGAGGCACAUUGCAAGUUUUGCAUAUGAUUCAAGCUCUUAGCCUAGAUACCGUGAUUGGGGUUAACAAUGUUGGAAACGCGUUCACGCCAUGGGGUAGCGUAGACCCAAUAUCCUUGGCCUGUCUGGGCGUUGGUAUAUACCACGGAGGAAAACCGUCAGACGUGGCUAUGCUUUAUGAAUGCAUCUCAACUCGAGCGCGCGCAGCUAUUGGCCUAACAGAGUCUUCUGUCGAUAUCGGUUUGAAAACUGGCUAUCAGGGCGAUCUCCUGAUCCUACCAAAUGUGGACCAAACAGGGUUUGGGCAAACUCGACCCAAGCAGACCGUAGCAGAUAUUGUAUGGGAUCCACCAGAAGUUUCCACCAGAGAAGUCGUAUCAAAUGGCAGACUCCUUCUAAAAAAUACAGCGAUGAACAGGCUUGCCAGUAUAGCCGUCGAGUCAAUCCAGGACAGCUGA